GCUCGUGCUGCCUCCUCCUCAUCCUCUGCCUCGCGCUGCGGGAGGACUGCACGAGGACGGCGGCAGGAUGGCGGGAGGACGGCGGGGGCUCGUGGCCCCUCAGAACACCUUCCUGGAGAACAUCGUCCGCAGGUCCAACGUUUGGACUUUGUCUCGUAGGCAGACAGACACCAACUUUGUCCUGGGGAACGCUCAGAUCGUGGACUGGCCGAUCGUCUACAGCAACGACGGCUUCUGCAAGCUGUCCGGUUACCACCGAGCUGAGGUCAUGCAGAAGAGCAGCACCUGCAGCUUCAUGUACGGAGAGCUGACAGACAAGGACAUGACGGAGAAGGUCCGGCAGACCUUUGAGAACUACGAGAUGGGCUCCUUUGAGAUUCUGAUGUACAAGAAAAACCGGAUGCCAGUUUGGUUCUUUGUAAAAAUCGCUCCCAUCAGGAACGAGCAGGAUAAAGUCGUCCUGUUUCUCUGCACCUUCAGCGACAUCACGGCCUUCAAGCAGCCCAUCGAGGACGACUCUUCCAAAGGGUGGGGUAAAUUUGCCCGUCUGACUCGUGCGUUAACCAGCAGUCGAGGAGUUCUUCAGCAGCUGGCUCCAGCCGUCCAUAAAGGAGAGAACGUACACAAACAUUCACGACUGGCCGAAGUUCUCCAGCUGGGCUCAGAAAUCUUGCCUCAGUACAAACAGGAAACCCCGAAGACGCCCCCACACAUCAUUCUGCACUACUGCCUCUUCAAGACCACGUGGGACUGGGUCAUCCUCAUCCUCACCUUCUACACGGCCAUCAUGGUGCCCUACAACGUCUCGUUCAAGACAAAGCAGAACAAUGUGACCUGGUUGGUGGUGGACAGCAUUGUGGAUGUCAUCUUCCUCGUCGACAUUGUCCUCAACUUCCACACCACCUUUGUCGGUCCGGCUGGAGAGGUCAUCUCCGACCCAAAACUCAUCCGCAUGAACUACGUUAAGACCUGGUUCGUCAUCGACCUGCUGUCCUGUCUGCCUUACGAUGUCAUCAACGCCUUUGAGAAUGUGGAUGAGGGCAUCAGCAGCCUCUUCAGCUCCCUUAAAGUGGUCCGUCUGCUUCGUUUGGGCCGGGUAGCCAGGAAGCUGGACCACUACAUUGAGUACGGCGCUGCGGUGCUGGUUCUGCUGGUGUGUGUGUUCGGCCUGGCGGCCCAUUGGCUGGCCUGUAUCUGGUACAGCAUCGGAGACUACGAGGUUAUCGACGAGGACACCAACCGCGUGAGGACGGACAGCUGGCUGUACCUGCUGGGGGAGACGGUGGGGACGCCGUACCGCUUCAACGUGUCGGGGUCAGGACGCUGGGAGGGGGGGCCGACUAACGACUCGGUCUACAUCACCUCGCUCUACUUCACCAUGACCAGCCUGACCAGCAUCGGCUUCGGAAACAUCGCACCCAACACCAACGGGGAGAAGAUCUUUGCCGUGGCCAUGAUGAUGAUUGGAUCGCUGCUCUACGCCACCAUCUUCGGUAACGUCACCACCAUCUUCCAGCAGAUGUACGCCAACACCAACCGCUACCACGAGAUGCUCAACAGCGUCAGAGACUUCCUCAAACUCUACCAGGUCCCCAAAGGCCUGAGCGAGCGGGUCAUGGACUACAUCGUGUCCACCUGGUCCAUGUCCAGAGGCAUCGACACUGACAAGGUCCUGCAGAUUUGUCCCAAGGACAUGCGAGCGGACAUCUGCGUCCACCUCAACAGGAAGGUUUUUAAGGAGCACCCUGCCUUUCGCUUGGCCAGUGACGGCUGCCUCCGAGCCCUCGCCAUGGAGUUCCAGACCAUCCACUGCGCCCCCGGAGACCUGAUCUACCACGCCGGGGAGAGCGUGGACAGCCUCUGCUUCGUGGUGUCCGGGUCCCUGGAGGUCAUCCAGGACGACGAGGUGGUGGCCAUUUUAGGUAAGGGUGAUGUGUUUGGUGAUGUAUUCUGGAAGGAGAUGACGUUGGCUCAGUCCUGCGCUAACGUCCGGGCGCUGACCUACUGCGACCUCCACAUCAUCAAACGGGACGCGCUGCAGAAGGUCCUGGAGUUCUACUCCAACUUUGCAAACCACUUCGCCAGAAACCUGGUGCUCACCUACAACCUGAGGAAGAGGAUUGUGUUCAGGAAGAUCAGCGACGUCAAACGUGAGGAGGAGGAGAUGCUGAAGAGGAAGAACGAGGCUCCUCUGAACCUUCCUCCGGACCACCCGGUCCGACGACUCUUCCAGCGUUUUCGGCAGCAGAGGGAGGCCCGACUCGCUGCGGAGCGGGUCAGCCAGGGCCCCGGUGAUGUGGAGAAAGGUUCUGUUCAUGCAGAGCCUUCCAGAGGACCGGAGAUCCUGGCCUCCACCAGCAUCACCAUGUUGACUGAGAGCCCAGCCACGCCCACCACCUCCUCCACGUCCUCUUCCUCCAGGGCCUCCAGUCGAGUCAUGCUCAACACUCCCGUCACCCAAAACGGAAACCUGACAAGCUGCAAAUCUGCAGAGCCCCCCAAAGCCAAAGGCUGGGGGCGGUUCAAGGAGUCAGUGGUGAAAGCUGAGUCCUGGAGCAGCGUCUCCAAGGCCGAGUCCAUGGAGACGCUUCCUGAUAGAACUAAGUCUCACAACGAGGUGUCCCUCAAGAAAACCGACUCCUGCGACAGUGGCAUCACAAAGAGUGACCUCCGCUUAGACAACGUGGGCGAUGCCAGAACACCACAGGAGAGGAGUCCAGUCCAGUCCGACGAAAAGAGGGUCUUUUGUCCGAUACCGGAGCAGAGCCUACAAGCCUCCUUCCAGGAGCUGAAACAAGAACUAAGAGGAGACAUCAAAUCUCUGAACAGUCGCAUAGCAGCUCUGGAGACUCAGCUGGCAGAGAUGCUUCGACUUCUCAGAUCUAGAAAGUCGUCUGGCUCCUUUUUUGAGAUAUCUCGGCCUCCUUCCCCAGACUCUGAUAGGGACAGUGUUUCCUAAACUGGAUGCGGACUCAAUCAAAGUCAACCUACUGAGCCUCCAGAUACUGUAGCACAGUUCUUCCUGCUGUGUGGAUCUGAACAUGGCGGUGGAUGAAAUGACAGCAGCACUUUGAGUUAAAGACUGAAACCAGAAUGAGGACGAAGCUAAUUCUUACUCUUAAGAGUCUUGACAUUCACAACAGCACCUUCGGUCCUCAGGAGGUUUAAACCUUCAGACCUUCAUAUGAUAUUGGCAAUAAUAAGAGAUGGCUUUAAUGUUGUUGUUUUAAAUGUGACUUUGGCACUGUGAUGGAGGGGGAGACUGUGUUAAUCUAAGGGUCUGGUUUUACUGCAGCGAAGGUCCAGGUUCAGCCUGGUAGCACUUACCCCUGCAGGGCAUCAUAUCAAAGCGACACUCUGUGAUCACCGGUUAAUCAAAAGCCAGGAGGCUCCUGAACCAGAGAAACUUGGCUGAUUGUUCAGGUUAACUAGGGUUAUUAGGACAAAAACAGAGAAACUAUCAGAAUAUCUUCUCGUUGAUGCAAACUAAACACUGUGUGUGCAGACUUAGAGAGAACUCACUGGUGUUUGGAAUCGGUAGAGGAGCUCAGUGUUUCUGAUGUUCAUGUUUCAUUUGUGAACUGUUGAGUGACUCGUCUGGAUUUUUAGAUUGAUUUUAUAAAAUUGCAUGUCUCCAAGUUAAACAUAACGUAGUCUCUUUAACACAACUCCAAAUUCAAGCAGUCAUCUAGAAACUUCACUUUUAAAGAAUGCAUGUUUUAGAUGGUAACUCUGAAUCGUCCGAUGCCUGAAUGCAUCUGGACUCAAGUGGAAUAUGUAUUCGUAAGUUGCUAUACACAUAAAUAAGCCUUGAUUCAGAAAUGAUGUGAAAUGUGAAAUGAUAUACAUUUACUAAAAUGUCUGGCGGUGACAUCGAGCUUCUAAUACGUGUUCCAGGACUUCACAUGCAGUCUUACAGUAUUCUCAUUAUCACCAUUUUGCUAAUAGUCUGGUUUGAUUUAAAUAUGCAAAGGACCAGUGCAUAGGAGGUCAAGUGACUGGAGCUGUCUUGUCUGGUUGUGUCCUUUGUGCAGCAGCAGUUUCUAGAGAGUCUGGAGGCAGCGCCGCUCGUUUUCUUUGUGUGGAUAAAGGCUCACAUGUGUCUUCUUUUUCAUCUGGUAGUUUGCCAAAGCAAGAAGAGGCAGACACUUUGUUUCUGGUGGAUAUUUCAUGUAAAGAAUGCUUGUAGCCUGGAUAAGGCAAACCGCUGAGAUCUGACUGCGAUAAUCCACAUCCCACAUGGAAAUCAGCUCAUAUAUAAUGUGAGACGUCUGAAGGUUCUCAGUUCUCAGGUCAUGGUAUAUUUAAGUGUUAAAGAUGUUUCUGGAUUUAUGAUGGAUUAUGUGUGUCUGCCAUAUUUUCAUUUUUUUCUGCUUUGAGCAAUAAGAGGGUGAAGGUAAGUCUGUCUCAUUAUGGCCUCACCUCGGGACUCAUGAAGUUAACGUUACUGAUGCUGGGGGGCCCAUCCACACUGCAGCCUGACCUCUUUACUCCAUGUUAGUUAAUGAACAGCUGUAUCUGAGGAGAUCUCAGUGCUUAUUUAAGGGUUCAUUGUGUGGAGUGAGUGGUCAUCUGUUUUGUGACUGCUCAUUAAUUUGUGGUAAAAGACUCCAUGGACCUAAUGCACUUGGUUCUGCCGUUAUAAGAGUAGAUGUAUCGGCCGGUGGGUCACAUGUGUUCACACUGGAAACAAACCUGUAUGAGGCAGUGGUGAGUGCUCCUUAGCCGGGAGAAACUCUCCAGAUCUACAACCAAUGAAAAAGCACCACCAAUGAAGUUCAUAGACGAUAAGACUGUACUUAUUAACAUUUGACCACGGGGGCAGAAAGACCCAAAGUUAUCAUGUAUUUUAGUCUAAAAAGAGAGAGGCCAGUGUUUUGUCAGUCAGUGCCUCCAUGGGGAGAAACAAACGUUUACUCAGACUUUUGUUGUCAUGUUGUUAGCUUUCGUUAGCUUGGUGUGUGGCUGCUAUUCCUUGGUAAUAAUUCAUCCCUCUCGUAGUUGUGUUACUACGUCUCGUCCACAGAACAAACAUGAUGAACAAAGCCUUGAGUAAACAGGAAAACAGGAGCUUUUAUUGUGGUCAUGUCUGCUCGCUGUUUGUUCACUCCUGUUGAAUGUGGGCGGAUCAUGGGGAAGUGUCCGCGGGGAGGACACUGAGCCAGUGAUGGACCAACAUGUGAGUGAAUGAGAAACACUGUGGAGCUCUCUGAAAACUGCCAAGAUAGAAAAUGACUGUGAUGGAGCAGGUGUAAUGUCCUGUUCAGCCGG